AUGACCAACUCAAAACCAAACCAACACAACGUCUCAGAAGGAGAAGACACGUCAUUAAGAUCUCUAAGCUCUGAAGAUGUAUCCCAAGCACCCAGAGGCUACUGUUGCGCUAAAUCCAAUAACCCCGCAGAUGGGCGGGGUAGGAAACUGCACCUGUUCCAGAUGUUAUCGCUACCUUUUAUACCGAUAUUUGCACUUAUAGUGCAAACCUCGUUUUUAUUGAACACCAUCAUGAACACCAGGCAUGAGGUUAUGGAGAUAGAGAGUCAGGUAACUAAAGCAGAAGAUUUAGGUAAAGUAGUGACUAGGUUGCAGCUGGAACGAUUUGAUGUGGCAUUUUACGUGUACACAGAAAGUCACCAUCAAAGAACCAAUGUGACCAAGCGCUUCCAACUGACAGACGACGCUUUGCAAAACAUGUCCAGCUGGCCAUUGGUAUCCCUGAUCAGAGAUGGAAAAAUAGUUUACCUAAACAAAACAACUUUCCAGGAAAACCUAAAGGAGUUCCGAGAAAACCUUUCCAAGAACGAAACGAAAAUGAACGAUGUUCUAAACUGGUAUACGGCGGUUAACGCCGCCAUGUUGGAACAUCUGACCAGCGAGAUUAAGGAGACUGACAACAGCGGAGUUUGGAGGUUUUUACUGUCCUUCAAAAACCUUCUAAAAAGUAUAGAGAACAUUGGCAUAUCCAGCGUAUAUGGGGUCAAUUAUUUUGGUAAAGGAAAACUGAGAUCCGAGUACUACGAAAAAUUUAUAAGGCAUGAUGCUAUAGCUAAGGAUUUGUUAAAUACAUCGUUAAAUUAUGUUGUAAAAAUGCGAAGUGAUUAUGAACAAUUCUCCCGUUCAAUGCCGAAUUAUGGAAAAAUUAAGUACCAAACCGACAUUAUAAUUCAAAACAAAAACCGUACCCCAAAUUACAACGAAUCAUUGGUUUACUUUGAAGCUAUAGCUGGCUACACAGACGAGUUACGAAGGCUGCAAAGGGACUUAAGAAUCACCAUAAGGGAAUACGUCGAUGAAAAUCUACAGGAAGCUGCUAGUCGCGAAGCUAUAGGGAUAGCAACUUUGGUGGGGGUGCUGGCCGUAUCUCCCGUGAUAAUUUGGCUGGUGAGGAAUGCAGUUGCGACGAUACAGCUUUACGCAGCCAAUCUGGCCAAAAAAGCUAAGGAGUUGAAAAGGGAGAAGAAAAAAAGUGAUUUUCUGCUGUUCCAAAUGCUUCCACCCAGUGUGGCAACGCAGCUGAAGCAAACUAGACAGGUACCAGCGGAAUAUUAUGCUUCUGUAACUAUAUACUUCAGUGAUAUUGUUGGGUUUACAGAAAUAGCAGCUGUAAGCACGCCGUUAGAGGUGGUAACUUUCCUCAAUAAAAUCUACAAACUUUUCGACGCCAGGAUAGAAUGUUACGACGUUUAUAAAGUCGAAACCAUAGGUGACUCCUAUAUGGUGGCAUCAGGACUACCAGUGAAAAACGGCAACAAACACGUGACAGAGAUCGCCAGCAUGGCCUUGGAUCUUCUGGCGGGCUCCACGCAGUUUAAAAUACCUCACAGGAAAUCGGAAAGGUUGCAGAUCAGAUCUGGCGCCCAUACCGGUCCGGUUGUGGCCGGUAUAGUGGGCUCCAAAAUGCCCAGAUACUGUUUGUUCGGCGAUACGGUCAAUACAGCGUCCAGAAUGGAGUCUACAGGCGAAGCCUCCAAAAUUCAUAUUAGUUUGGAGAUGAAGAAAGCACUGGAUAGUAUAGGGGGUUACAGAACGGAGCAUAGAGGUCUGGUUGAAGUAAAGGGCAAAGGUCUUUUGGACACCUAUUGGUUGACCUGUAAAGAAGGAGGGAUGAAUAGAACAGUAGAAAUGGAGACACCAGCCUAUUUCCAGGAGGACGAGGAUAACGAGCCAGUAUUUAUAAAAAGGCUACGCAGUGAUACCUAUUACUAA